AUGCGUCCGAUCUUACUCCAAGGCCACGAACGGUCACUGAAUCAAAUCGCUUACAACCACGAAGGCGACCUGCUUUUCUCGGUGGCCAAGGACAAAGUAGUUUGCGCUUGGUACACCAGCAAUGGAGAACGCUUAGGCACAUAUACAGGCCACCAGGGCGCCGUAUGGACUGUUGAUGUCUCUCCUAGAACGCAGUUAUUGGCCACAGGAGCCGCCGACAACACGAUCAAGCUGUGGGACAUACGGAGUGGUCAAUGUGUGAAGACAUGGGAGAACCCAACUGCGAUUAAGCGGGUCAAGUUCAGCGAGGACGGAAGUCGGCUACUUGCUGUAACAGAAAAGCGAAUGGGCUACCUGGGAACAAUUGUCGUCUACUCGAUCAAUUACGACGAUUUGACACAACAGACCGACGAGCAGGAUCUGAAGAUCACUUGUGAGGACAGCAAGGCUACCGUCGCUGGCUGGUCUUACCUGGACAAGUACAUCAUUGCUGCUCACGAAGACGGCAGCGUCUCGCAGUACGAUUCAAAGUCUGGCGACCUUGUUAAGAACGCAGAAGUACACGAAUACGAUACUCAGAUCAACGAUAUCCAGUUCUCCAGCGACCGAACCUACUUCAUCACGGCUGGCAAGGACAAGUCAGCCAAGAUCGUCAGUGCACGAGACCUCGAGAUCCUCAAGACCUACGUCGCAGACACCCCUCUAAACACGGCAGCAAUUACACCCAAGAAAGACUUCGUGAUCCUAGGUGGAGGCCAAGCAGCUAUGGAUGUCACCACCACAAGCGCAAGACAAGGUAAAUUUGAAGCACGCUUCUACCACAAGAUCUUCGAGGACGAGAUCGGAAGAGUAAGAGGUCACUUUGGUCCGUUGAACACAAUUGCUGUCCACCCACAAGGUACUGGCUAUGCUAGUGGUGGUGAAGACGGCUAUGUAAGAAUGCAUGCCUUCGACAAGGCCUACUUCGACUUCAUGUACGAGGUGGAGCGUGAGGCAGCAAGGAAAUGA